AAUCUGGGGGCUCCCGGCCUCCGAGGGGUUAACCCGCGCGGGGCCGCACGUGACGUGGAGGUUCCAGCCCAGGCGCUGCCCCCUCCAGUCCUCCCCCCACCACCCCCGCGGUGCACGCCGCUCCCGGGGGCUCCGCGCCCCCUCGCCCAGGUCCCUCCCCCUUGGCGGGCGCUCACAAGCCGCGCCGGCUGCGCGAACCCCGGAGCCCCGGCGGCCUGUGCGCCCCGAGCCGGCAUGGACCCCGAGCGCUGCGCGCCUUUCGGCGUGGGGCCCGGGCCCGACCCCUACGCGGCCGCUGGGGACGAGCCUCCGGGCGGCCAGGGGACCUCCGCCGCCGCGUCUCACCUGCACCCCGCGCCGCCCCGAGGCCCACGACUGACCCGCUUUCCGGCCUGCGGGCCUCUGGAGCCCUACCUCCCGGAGCCGGCCAAGCCGCCCGCCAAGUACCUGCAGGACCUCGGGCCCGGCCCGGCGCUCAACGGCCGCUUCUACGAGGGCCCGGCGGAAGCCGAGGAGAAGGCCUCCAAGGCAGCCAACUUCCCCCAGCUGCCCUUGGACUGCCCAGGGGGCCCCAGAGACGCGCCCUCCACCCUGCAAGGCUCCCCGGGCCCUUGCCUGGCCAGCCUGCGCGUCCCCCUGUCCCCGGGACUCCCUGACUCCAUGGAGUUGGCCAAAAACAAGAGCAAGAAGCGCCGCAACCGCACGACCUUCAGCACGUUCCAGCUGGAGGAGCUGGAGAAGGUCUUUCAGAAAACCCACUACCCCGACGUGUACGCCCGGGAGCAGCUGGCUCUGCGCACCGACCUCACCGAGGCCCGGGUUCAGGUCUGGUUCCAGAACCGCAGAGCCAAGUGGCGGAAGCGGGAGCGUUAUGGGAAGAUCCAGGAGGGGCGGAACCCCUUCUCGUCUGCCUAUGACAUCUCUGUGCUGCCCCGAACGGACAGUCACCCCCAGCUGCAGAACUCCCUGUGGCCCAGCCCCGCGUCUGGGAGCCCCGCCGGGCCCUGCCUUGUGUCUCCAGAGGGCAUCCCCUCCCCGUGCAUGUCUCCGUACUCCCACUCGCAUGGGAACAUGGCUGGCUUCAUGGGGGUGCCGGCCUCCCCCGGGGCGCACCCUGGCCUCUACUCCCUCCACAGCUUCUCCCCGGCCCUGGGGGACCACAGCUUUGAGGCCGCCCCGGAUGUCGACUAUAAGUCUCCAAGCCUCGUCUCGCUCAGGGUGAAGCCGAAGGAGCCGCCCAGCCUGCUGAACUGGACCACGUGAUCAGACGUGUGGACACGCAGACCAAGCUGCCACCCCUUCCCUGUGCCCGGCUGCUUCCACCCCACCCUGGCCUCCAUGCCAGAGAGACACACCUUUGCCUCUGAGCUCCAGAUGGUCCCCAGGGCGGGCAGAGCAGCUGGAGUCCUCAGCCUCUCGCCGAGUCUUUUCUCAUAUAAUAAGGUGGGCUGCCCCGGAGAGAGGGCAUCGAAGCCGGUGGACUCUUCCUACCACGCACUGGGUCCCCUCACCCACACGCUGGGCUGGAGAGACUCCGUCCUGCCUCCUUCAGACUCCGUCCAAGGUUCACUCUUGCCCCUCCGAGCGAACUGGCUUCAUUGGCUCUUCAUCUGGGGAAGGCAGGAAAAUGGGAGCAGGACAGGGUUGAAGCAGGGGAUCUGGUGAUUUAGGGCAGUGGUCGGCAAACUCAUUAGUCAACAGAGCCAAAUAUCAACAGUACAACGUUUGAAAUUUCUUUUGAGAGCCAAAUUUUUUAAACUUAAACUAUAGAGGUAGGUACAUUGUUAUUAACUUAAUUAGGGUAUGCCUAAGGCUUAGGAAGAGUCACACACAAGGGGCCAAAGAGCCACAUGUGGCUGGCAUCUCCUAAGACCACCUGGGGCCUCACUCCCCCUCCCACCACCAGGGGGCGUGCACCCAGCAUCUGGCAUUGACGGGGGCCUGGAAGCCGAAUGGAGCUGGUGCUCAGGUCUCCCCUGCUCCAGCAGCCCCUCCCUCCUCCCCUGCGCCCCUCCCCAACAUGCGGUGGAGUCCUCCCCUCCAAGGGGCAGACGUCCUAUCAGAAACCACCAAAUGCUUGGAUUCUCCUCCAUGGGGUCAGGCCAGAGCUAGGCCAUGGAGACCCUACCUAGCUCCCUUGGUUUACUCGUUGGGCAUUGGUAAGAAAGAUGCCCCCACUUUUAUAAAGAUGCGUUUGUAAAAACAGGUGCUGCCCGGCAUAAUAAUAAAGGAGCAGUGUUUUGGACCCGGUGAUUGCGUAUUUCAGGGGUGGGCACUGGGUAGCCCUAGGACUGGUCUGCUCAGGGCCCAGGCUGGGCCAGGCCCUCAAGGCUGGUGCCUGCCAUGCCGGCCCUGUCGCCUGCCCAGGGUCUGUGUGCAAGGUGCCAGGUCUCAUUAAGAGGGCACACUGGUGGUGGGAAGGGGAGUGAAUGGAAGACCAGCAAGCCCACUGAGGGCUGUGAGCUCCCCUGGGCGGACCCCAGAGCCCUGGGGGUGGGGCGGCUCCUUCCCCCAGACGCCCCGGGAUUGUGUCUGGGCUGUGGGCAGAGACGAAAGCCAGGACCCUUUCUUGUGGUUUCAGAGUAUUACCCAUUCUAUCCUUCAUCCCCACUCUGCCUUAUCUGCACAGCCCGGAAGGCAGGAAAAAGCAGGGCUGGCCCUCCCACCCUCGGUAGAUCCCACCACACUGCUCCGAGCUCAGCUCAGCCAGCAGCCCCGCCACCCCGGUGCCUCCUCUUCCAUCCAGGCGCAGAGAGCCAGGCACAGACUCCCGCGCUGGGCUUAGUCCCAAAGGGGAGCGAGUCCCUGGGACUAGACGCAUGUCCCCGAGGAAACCCGUGUCCUUCUCUUCCCUUCCCUUCCCUUUGCUCAGGGCCUGGCUUCCAGCGGCUUCCCUCCUCAGGUGAGUCCUGGUCCCUGAGGAAGGGAAGAAUCCGAGUGGAAGGGGGAGGCGCCCAGCUGCCUCCACCCGCUGGGUGCCGGCCGGGCACAGACCCACGUUCCUCAGUCCAGGGCCAAGACCAGAAGUUUCUUCCCACAAGGAGAGGCCAGCACAAUUGUGGACUUUCCGUCCCACCAAGUCGGAGAGUGUCGUCUGUUUUACAAACCACUCUGUGCCGGGCAUUGUGCUGGGUGCGAGAGAGCAGUGGUCAUGCACAGCUUAGAAAAAGAUGGAGAGGGAAGAGACCUGGGGAAGCCGAGGAAGCAGGAGUGGGAAGGAGACAGAGAGAAGAAAG